AAUCCAAAACAAUGGCUCGUGGAAAUGGAAAUCCAACUCUAUCAUACUCGAUUGACCUAGCAGCAGCAGUAAUAAUAGUCUCCAUACUCGCCCUUUCGAUCUCUACUACAUCGGCUGAUCAAAUUGACGAUCCAAUGAUACACCAAGUCACAGACCACGAUCAUCGUUCUAACAACCUCAAUCUCCUUGGAACCCACACCGAGCGUCGGUUUACAAGUUUCAUAACAACAUACGAGAAGGAAUAUACGACCAGGGAGGAGUAUUUGCACCGUCUAGGGAUCUUCUCAAGGAACCUGGUAAAGGCAGCGGAGCAUCAGGUUAUGGAUCCCACUGCUGUUCAUGGUAUCACGGCGUUCUCUGAUCUGUCCGAAGAUGAGUUCAAUUCCAUGUAUUUGGGACUCCAUAACCCUAGUGCAAACCCUAGUAUGAUGCAGAUGGGAACGGCGCCGGCAGAGGUUAUGGACGUUAAGGGUUUGCCGGAGAAUUUUGAUUGGAGAGAAAAGGGUGCCGUCACGGAGGUUAAAACGCAAGGGACAUGCGGUUCUUGUUGGGCAUUUAGCACAACAGGGACACUUGAAGGUGCCAAUUUUAUAGCAACUGGAAAACUUCUUAAUCUGAGUGAGCAACAGCUUGUGGAUUGUGAUCAUAAGUGUGAUGCAAAAGAUAAGAAGUCUUGCGAUAACGGGUGUAAAGGAGGUCUUAUGACAAACGCAUACGAGUACUUGAUGGAGGCAGGAGGUUUACAAGACCAGGAUUCUUAUCCUUAUACAGGGAAACGCGGCGAAUGCAAGUUCAACCCGGAGAUGGCUGCAGUUAAGGUUACCAAUUUCACCAAUAUUCCUAUGGACGAGAAUCAAAUAGCUGCCCAUUUAGUCCAUCAUGGACCACUUGCAAUUGGACUAAAUGCGGUAUUCAUGCAAACCUACAUUGGUGGUGUGUCUUGUCCUUUGAUAUGUGGGAAGAGGUUUGUAAAUCAUGGAGUUCUACUAGUUGGUUAUGGUUCAAAGGGGUAUUCGAUCAUUAGGCUGGGAUAUCAGCCAUAUUGGAUCAUAAAGAACUCAUGGGGGAAGAAAUGGGGCGAGCAUGGGUUCUACCGACUUUGCAAAGGGCAUGGCGUUUGUGGGAUGAAUACUAUGGUUUCUGCUGUCGUCACUCAGACAAACGUCAAGUCAUAAGUUGGUCUGUAUAAUAAUUAUAUGCAGUAUUAAUCUUUCUUACCAGUUUGUUUGUAAGACAACUUAAUUGGCUAGCUGUUGUAUUUCUUAUAUUGUAUUUAAAAAGCUACCAAUUCUUCUUAUGUUAUCAAAAGUUGUUUAGUUGAAAAAACAAAAACUAAAGCUUCAUAUGCAUUUCAAGAGAAUUAAAGAUCAUUCAUUUGUCCAA